AUGAAUGUCCUAGUCAAACUGGUUUUUAUUUUCUUGCUGCAGCUGCAGGUCUCCAAUAGCAGUACCGUGGAAAGGACCGACAAUGAGGUCAUGCAUGCGCACGUGGAAGAAAUGUUCUCGUAUGAUUCAAACUCAAGAACAGGUCCAACUAAAUGGCUCAAAUUUUGGCCGGCUUGUGGCGGCAAAACUCAAUCACCUGUCAAUAUCAAUAACAGUAUGGUACAGGCAGAUAAGCGGUAUCAUAUACAAUUUAGUGAUGAGUUUAGGGAGAUGACGGGAGACCUUGUCAACAAUGGUCAUGCUCCAACGUUUUAUUUUGAUCACAAAAGUCGUCUUCUUUUUGGAGCCCCCGGUCUCCCGAAUGAAGUGUUUGUGUUGGACCAGCUUCAUUUCCACUUCGGUGACCGUUUUGAAACAGGAUCCGAACAUGCCAUUGAUGGUAUUAAAUUCCCUGUUGAGGUUCAUCUCGCGCACUACAACAGAAAGUAUGGAAACCUAAACAAUGCAACCAGCAAGUCGGACGGAGUGGUAGUCCUUGGUGUUUUCAUGCAGGUGGGCAUGGGACGACCUGGGGCGCUGGACAAAUUCAUUGAAAAUUACCUGUCAGAUAUCAGAAUACCUGAUAUGAAGGGAGUGCGAGCAACCCUCAACCCCAGUAUCCUGCUUCCGUAUAACCGGUCCUUUUACACGUACGUUGGCUCUCUAACGACACCACCAUGUAGUGAGCGAGUACGCUGGAUACUUAUGAGGACACACAAGUCCAUUUCCCUGAGGGCCUAUAACCUUCUUCGAAGUUUACGGGACAAUUACGGUGAUCGUAUUGCCAGAUAUGGAAACUGCCGGCCGAUACAGAAACUGGGCUGUCGUAUUGUGGAGUCAACCUAA